AUGCCGCAGACCACUAACGGUCCGUCUAAUAUGAGCACAGUGAACAGUACUGAUGUCAACGAAAGGCCGACAUGCCUGGAGACUUCUGAGCUCUCAAGAUCUUUGUCCCAGAAAAGAAACCAUUUUAAAGGUUUCCUCAGGAGAAGUGCUUUUGUUCUUUUCACUCUGGCUGCUAUAGUCAUUGGGGUUGGACUGGGAUUCGCUCUUCAACACAGUAACAUGACAUCCAGAGAUAUAGAAUACUUCACCUUUGCUGGAGAGCUGUAGAUGCGGAUGCUACAGAUGGUGGUGCUUCCUGUCAUCACAUCCAGUCUGAUUUCAGGGAUGUCAUCUAUGGACAAGAAGGCUUAUGGGAAAUUGGGGCUCCACGCUUUCUGCUAUUACAUGGUUGCAACCGUCACGUCUGUGAUCAUUGGCAUCGUCCUGGUUGUGCUUAUCAAGCCUGGGAAAUCACACGGGAACGCCUCAGCGCCCUCUGGUGGUGAGGUGGAGCCUGUGCAGACUGUGGAUGCCUUGCUGGAUCUGAUCAGAAACAUGUUUCGCUCAAAUAUUGUGGAGGCUUGUUUCAGAAAGACCAUUUACUUUUCUGGUAGUUGUGACCAAAUAUUACAAUGCAUCUUAUUAAAUACAAAUGUUAUUAUCGUGACUUUUAACGGCUUUACUGGUAAUCUUGUAGAUGAUACAGCGUCAAUGCCGGGCACCUCAGAAGGAGCCAAUACUUUGGGUUUAUUGGUCUUCUGCAUUGCCUUUGGUCUUAUCCUGGGCAGGAUGGAGAAUGAGGCAAAACCUCUGAGGGAUGUUUUUGACUGCCUGAAUAAAGCCACCAUGCAUCUGAUCAGCAUUGUCAUCUGGUAUUCCCCGGUGGGAAUCCUCUUCUUGAUUGGAGGACACAUUUUGAAGCUGAAAGACAUUAGGGGUAUAGGUCUCCAGAUUGCCAUGUAUGGUCUCACUGUGAUCACUGGACUCUUCAUCUACGGCUUCAUCAUCCUCCCCCUCAUCUAUCUCACGGUAACGCGUAAGAAUCCCUUCAGGUUUAUGAUCGGGAUACUCGAGGCUCUUACCACAGCCUUUGGCACGUCAUCCAGUACUGUGACUCUACCCAUCGCCAUCAGCUGCCUGGAGAAGAAUCUCAACAUGGACAAGCGGGUGACACAUUUCAUGAGUCCUAUAGGGGCCACAAUUUCAAUGGAUGGCACAGCACUUGAGGCAGUAGCUUCCAUAUUCAUUGCCCAAAUGUAUAAUAUAGAGCUGGAUCUGGCUGGAAUCACCAUCAUCAGUAUCACUGCCACAGCAGCAGAUACUGGGGCCUCAGGCAUCCCACAGGGCGGAACGGUAUCCGUGGUGACGGUGUUGACAUCGGUUGGACUUCCGCUCGAAGGCAUUUCAUUUAUCAUCAGCAUUGACUGGCUGCUAGAUCGUUUGAGGACGACCACCAACGUGCUGGGUGACUGUAUCGGUGUGGCUGUUGUGCAACAUCUCUCCAGACAUGAGCUGCAGAGCUCCGGGCUUGCACACGAAUGCUUAGUGGAAGAAAACAAGAUGAGACUCGCAGUGAAGUAAUAAUCAAGCUGAAAUUAUGUUUAGUCAAUUGCAGGAUGGCACUGGUGCAGACAUAUAAUACUGAACUUAUAUACAUGGACAAAUGAAUGAGUAAAGAUACAUUUUGCCCACUUUUGAUGAGGUGUGGAGAGUAUUUUUUAAUGUACCAAAACACUUGAAAUGCACAAAACUUGAGAACUCUUUGAAAUACACAAAUGACCUUACUUCAAAAACAUCCUUCAUAUAAGGUCAAAUGAUUCCAAUCAAUUCAACACAGCUUUUAAACACACCAGGUAUGAUAUGUAAAGCAACUGCUGUAAUAAUGCCUUGAUUAAGUAAUGAUUGAUUGACUAAUUAUCAACUUUGUCUUGUGUGGCCUGAACAGGAUCUCAAAUGUGUUUAUCCUCUCAAAAAUGUGUAGCAUUUUUAACUCGCCAUGUUAUUUAAAUACUCAAGACAAAUUAAUAUAAUUGUUGACUGGUGCUUCUGGGGAAAAUGCACUUUCUGUGUAGCAUCAGGUCUACACGAUGUAUCUCUCCUCACGCAAUACAAAGUCUAUGAUGGAUUGAUUUAGUUUGGAAUGUGCCCGUGACAUUUCUUCUGUACCAAAUAAUUGCGUGCCAAAAAAGGUGGUAUGUGGAGAAGACUGAAAGCAUCCUCCCUUUCUUGUGUUAAUACCAGAGAAGGAUUAUCAAAGCUGGUGAAGGUGCAGUUAGUUUUAAUGACUUUGUAUGCUGCAGGGUAGCUUGUGAAUUGAAUCCAGGUGUAAAAGUCUUAAUUAUCCAAAUCUUCAAAGUAACUAAACGUAUCAAAUAAUUGUGGUGGAGUAGAAGUACAGAGUAGCAUAGAAUUGAAUACUGGUGCCGUGCUAUGUGGCAGCCUGUUGCAGGGAC